GAUAGCAGGCGGUGGAGGUCAGAGGAACUCCAAAAUGUCGGUUGCCUGUCUCUCGUCCUUGAGCCGCUGUGGUGUUUUGGCGUCCCGCCCCCCCGCCGGACUGGUGGCGCUGCGGUUUGCCCAAACAGCAGCGGCUCCAGCAGCUCAACCCAGAAUAAAGAAGUUUCAGAUAUACAGAUGGGACCCCGACACUCCGGGAGACAAACCCCGCAUGCAGACCUAUGACAUUGACCUUAACACUUGUGGCCCGAUGGUUCUUGAUGCCCUGAUCAAGAUCAAAAAUGAAAUGGACUCCACUCUGACCUUUCGCCGCUCCUGCAGAGAAGGUAUUUGUGGAUCCUGUGCAAUGAACAUUAAUGGAGGAAACACACUUGCAUGUCUCAACAAGAUCGACGCCAACACUAGCAAGCCGUCUAAGAUUUACCCUCUUCCACAUAUGUAUGUGGUCAAGGACCUGGUACCGGACAUGAGUAACUUCUAUGCUCAGUACAAGUCUAUUGAGCCCUACCUGAAGAAGAAGGAUGACUCAAAGGAAGGGAAGGAGCAGUACCUGCAGACGGUGGAAGACAGACAGAAACUGGACGGGCUGUACGAAUGUAUCCUGUGUGCCUGCUGCAGUACGAGCUGCCCCAGCUACUGGUGGAACGGAGACAAAUACCUCGGGCCGGCUGUGCUGAUGCAGGCGUACCGUUGGAUGAUCGACUCACGAGACGAAUUCACAGAGGAACGUCUGUCCAAGCUGCAGGAUCCUUUCUCCCUCUACCGAUGCCACACGAUCAUGAACUGCACCAAGACCUGUCCCAAGGGCCUGAACCCGGGAAAGGCGAUAUCUGAGAUCAAAAAGAUGAUGGCCACGUACAAGGAGAAGCAGGCGGCCGCUGUCUGAAACCUCCGUUGUCCUCUUGUACAACACUUCCCUCCAUGAUAUUAUUAAAUACUGAUUUAUAAAAAUGCUUUUUGAGGUCUGAAGGGCCAGUGCACCAGUCGGCUCCACCACAACAGCACGCUGCAGUCAACUAAGGGAAAUGUGUGUGUGGUUGAAGGACUUGGUAUUGCAUAACGCACAUGUACAGUAUGAAUGCACGAGAAAGUGUCUGAGUCUUACGUGUACCGUAAAGAGGUAUUUGUCUUCAAUACUACUGUAUCUAUGUUUGCGCAAUUGGGAGACGUGAUGCUGAAUAUUAAAGUUAAACGGAGAUGUUUUCUUGUGUGUAAACAUUUAUUAUUUAUUAUUUUGGGGGCGGCUGUAGCUCAGUGGGGUAAGAGGGCCGUCCUGCAACCGCAAGGUCGUGGGUUCGAUCCCUGCUCUCCCCAUUAGUUGCAAGUCGAAGUGUCCUUGAGCAAGGCACUGAACCCCUAGUUGCUUCCCGGGCGCAUCACUGCAGCCCACUGCUCUUUAAUAACUAAGGAUGGGUUAAAUGCAGAGAACUAAUUUCCCCUUGGGGAUUAAUAAAAGUGUAUAUUUUAUUUUAAUAAUGUCGAUUGUUGCUUUUCCAGGUUCGAAGACAUUUUCCUUCAGAUCUUCCAACAUACCAACAGCAGUCUCUGUUCUUAUUGAAAAUAAAUAGUUUAUCUGCCUCCA